AUGGCCGCCACCGAGCUGGCCAAUUUGGGCUUCCAGCUGUUACAUGAUGUCGGCGAAAAGGAAUUCUUCGCGGCCAGAGCCAUCUUCAUCUCAAUCAUGCUGCUCAUCAUCGCCUUCUUCACAAGCUACUUUCUCCAACAGAAGAAAGUGACUGCUAUCCAUGAGACAGUCAUUUCUAUCUUUGCAGGCAUGGUGGUUGGCCUUAUUCUACUCAUCAGCUCAGGCGAUUCCAUCCGAAACCUCAUCAGCUUCGACUACCAGAUCUUCUUCAACCUCCUCCUUCCUCCCAUCAUUCUAUCGUCCGGAUACGAGCUACACCAGGCCAAUUUCUUCCGCAAUAUCGGUACUAUCCUGACGUUCGCAUUCGCCGGUACCUUUCUUUCCGCCAUGGUCAUAGGGCUGAUCUUGUGGGUAUUCAACCUGGUCCCUGGAUCCUUGAAAUUGAGUCUGGUCGAUGCCAUCUCCGUCGGCGCAACUCUCUCUGCCACCGAUCCCGUUACCAUUCUGGCCAUUUUCAACACGUACAAGGUCGACCCUAAGCUCUACACCAUCAUUUUUGGCGAAUCUAUCCUCAAUGACGCCAUUGCCAUUGUCAUUUUCGAAACCGCGCAAUAUAUCAAAAAGAGCGAGGGCAAGGCCAACUACGGCAUUAUUAGCUUCUUUGAUGGUAUCGGCAUGUUCUUGCUCAUCUUCUUUGGCAGUAUGCUCAUCGGUAUGAUCGUCGGCAUUGGCACGGCUCUUCUGCUCAAGUUUACCUAUGUACGAAGAUUCCCCAAGAUUGAAAGCUGUUUGAUUAUCUUGAUCGCAUAUGCCACCUACUUCUUUUCACAUAGUAUUCACGCUUCUGGUAUCGUGUCGCUGCUCUUCUGUGGUAUCACGUUGAAACACUAUGCCUACUUUAACAUGUCGAGACGUACUCAACUCACCACCAAGUUCAUCUUCCAAGUCAUGUCGCAGUUGUCUGAGAAUUUUAUCUUCAUCUACCUGGGCUUGGCACUCUUCACAGAUAAUGCUCUGCAAUUCGAGCCCCCUCUCAUUAUUGUCACCAUCUGUGCAGUAUGUGCUGCUCGUUGGGUCGCCGUUUUCCCGCUUUCAAAGGCUAUUAACUGGUUUAUUCGCUACCGCGCGAGGAGGAGAGGCCUGGAAGUUGGUGACGAGCUCCCCUACAACUACCAAGCCAUGCUGUUUUGGGCCGGUCUUCGCGGUGCUGUCGGUGUUGCACUGGCAGCCCUUCUUACGGGUGAAAACUCAUAUGCCCUUCGAGCCACGGUCUUGGUUGUGGUGGUCCUGACGGUCAUCAUCUUUGGCGGCACCACGGCUCGUAUGCUGGAGAUUCUCGGUAUCCGUACAGGAGUGGUCGAGGAGAUUGAUAGUGAUGACGAGUUUGACAUUGAGUCGUUUGGUACUGGCCUUCAAGUCAAGCGCUCCGGGUCCGCCAUUGGUUACAACCCUCGUCGCAACGGUAACGGCACUGUCGCUUUGAACAACCUCAGCGCUCCUACAGACAAUUCCGCAGCCUAUGUAUCUGGUACUUCAUCACCGCAUACGGGCGUCCGGCCAAACAGUCUGAGCCGCAAGAAUUCGAUCCGCAAUCCUACAGAAACCGAGCGAGCCGAUCUGCUGCGUAGCAAUACCGACGAUUCCGAUAUUGGCAGCGACAUUGACAUUUCAGACCUGCCGCCCCCUGCGAAUCGCCGCUCUCCCCGAGCGCCAGUUAGUCCUAACCCGCCGUCAGGUGAAGGCAGCGCCUUUAUGAGCCCGGCUGAACCAUCAUCGUCUAAUACUCCGAUUACCGCCACGGGCGCCAUUCGGCAGUUGCUCUCGGCGGAGGAUCCAGCGAGCUUGUUUAAACAGUUGGACGAUGAUUUCAUCAAGCCGCAUCUAUUACUUCAUGGGAAUGACAGUAGAGGCGGUGGAGCAGGAUCUGUGUAA